CUGCAUCCUACAAUCACCGAGUUCUGCCUUGCUUUGUUCGAUUACGUCCUUUUACUCGCCCCAACAUUGUCCGACAAACACCAGACUCGAAAUCUCAACAUCUUUACACAAGGCGACCCAUCGAAUACCGCCAAAAUGGCGUCCUCCUCUUCUGCAACUCCGCUGCUUUACUCCUGCAUUGCCCACAAGACCACAAUCCUGUCUGAAUGCACAACCUCCGCCUCGUCACAAACCUCGUCGCUCGCCUCCAUCAUCCUCCCAAAGAUUGAGCACACCACCCCCCAGAAGUUGACGUACACCCACGGCCAGAACCAGAUUCACUAUGUCGCCGAGGCGCCGUCUGACUAUCCCGAACACCCGGCCGCCGGCGGCUUGACGUUCCUCGUCAUCGCAGACGGGUCGCUGGGCCGUCGCGUCCCGUUCGGCUACCUGCUAGAGAUCCGCAAGCGAUUCUUUGAAAAGUUCCCCGAGCACAGCGACUUUGCCGAGAUGCCAAACUACGGCGCCGGGUCGUUCAACGCCGAGAUGAAGAGCCUGAUGGUGGAGUUUGGCACGACGAGCGGCGGGAUGAACGACGCGAUUGGUAAUGCGAAGCGCGAGAUUGACGAUGUUAGAGGCAUCAUGACGAAGAACAUUGAGAGCUUGCUCGAGCGAGGCGAGAGGAUCGAUUUGCUUGUGGACAAGACGGACAGGCUGGGGAGCAGCGCUCGCGACUUCCGGGUCCGGAGCCGCGGGCUGAAGCGGCAGAUGUGGUGGAAGAAUGUCAAGCUCAUGGCGCUCCUGAUCCUGGUUGUGGCUCUCAUCAUUAUGAUUAUUGUCAUCUCAGUCAAGGGCUAGCCAGACAUGAGGAUGACGCUUUCAUGAUUUCAAUUUCCUCUCUUCUGUCUUUUUUAGUGUUUGAUCAGAGCAGUGAAGCCUAGAUGCUGCACACAUGUAUUCAUAGUAGGGAUUUGAUGCUUUGUUUUGGGAGUCAAAGGGAGAAUGCACGCCUCACGAGGAAUUCUUUGUUUUAUUUGCGGUCAAUGGGAACCUAACGCUGAAAGUACUUUGAGUUAUAAUUACAACGCGACGCUAUUCUUUUUCAAUGUGCAAGCAGAUCAAUAUUACUUGGUGGUAGUAGUAUACUAGUAUAGCCUUUUGUAAGCCAGCAAAAUGCACACUCGAUAUGCCAUCUCAACCGCCACACCGACCCAACCGACGUUCUACAUACAGAAACAAUACAAUCAAAUGCUAAUACC